CGUCAAUGUUGCUAAAUGUUGAAUUUAGGGAAUAAUGAAAAAAUGCCGUCUCACAAACCCACAAAAACGUACCCAAAACGAAGACGCAGCCAACAUUCGGAAUCCGCGAAGGUUUUUAAUGCCCUACUUGCCGAAAACCUGACAAAACGACUCAAAAGUCGAAAGAAAAAAGCCACUCUGGAACUGAGGGAUUUGCCCCCACGUGUCCAGGAAUACAUAACUGAAGAGUCACUGCAUGUUUCGCCGAAUGACACGUUUGAUAAACUUUUGAAAGGGAAAGUUUACAAUGAAGUGAAAACGGUCGCAAGUUUUGUCAAAAUCCAGUCAUCAGAAAGUGAGGCUUCUACUCAUGUGAAGCUUUCGGUUCAUUCGCCUGUAAUAAGGCGACGAAAACGCCCCAAAGUUGUUGUGGCAGAGCUCCCAGAGCCCCCACUCCCUAAGAGAAACUCCACACCAGUCACUAGUAGUUUAUCCAUUGAGAAGGAAAAUAACAAGAAGGAUUAUCCGUCCUUGAGUUACAUCAAACUGCCACAAAUAAGGGAAAAUGAAGUGUCUCAUAACAAUUUGCGGAUUUUUUCGGACACUUUUCGUGAGAGAAACACCGUGCAUUCAAGCACACCGUGUGUCACUGCCCCAGUUCGGAGAAUAGUUGGGGACCCCAUUUCGCCCAUUACGACCUCAGGGUCGUCGAAACUGUGGAAGGAAUCCAUCGAAGAGAUACAAAAGUGGGACAAGGAGUUUCCAAAGUUGGAGACUUCAAAAGGUGCUUUUUUACGCAGCAAACUAAAGACUGACUGGAAACUCACUUGUCAACCGAAGGUCUACUUGAAAAAAACGGAUAUUAUAACAAGGUCUAAAAGCAAGAGGAAUGAUUUUAAAGGAUUCAGUCAGGAGGAACAAACAACCUGGAGCCGAACCGCCAGUUUGACGAAAAGUUCAGUAAGGGAACUCGAUAAGGAACUAAGUGAUUUGAGUCAAAGACAACCGCACGUUUCAACUCCGAUAAGGACCACCAGGAGUAGCAGUUUAAAAAAAAAUGCACAACCUACAACUUCUCCCCUUCCUUUGAGGAGAAUAUCAACAAGAAAAAGGAAACUAACAAAUGUAUCGGAAAAGUCGGCUCCAAUAUCUCCGAAAAAAACGCGUUCUUCAACUCGUCUGAAACCUGAACGAGAAAAACCGCGUACAACACGUUUGAAAAAAUCGAGGAGGAUAUCAAAAAGAAUAUCAGAAAAAUCUCACGAAAACUCGCAUCCAAAGCCUGUGAAAAAAUUGCAAAUUGUAACACCGCCGAAAAAUCGUUCUUUAUCACCGGAAGCACGGACGAGCGAAGCGAGUUCCAAAACAAAACGCGAAAGAGUCGUGUCUUCUAGAACUCGCAGUAAAUUUAAAAUUGACACAUCAUUUGAUUUUUCAUUAAAUAAAGUUGCAUCACCAAAGAAAAGCAAUCUAACGGCCAACUUGAUCGCUUUCGAUGAUUUCACUCGGAGUCACUUUUCAUCCAUUCAAGUACCUGAAAGUUCUAUUGUAAUAAGUGACGAUAGUUUUAACACUGAAGCAAGCAUUAAUAUUUUGAGUGAAACUUGUCAGAAGGUUUUGCACGAUCAUUCGUACUCGAAUUCGUCGGCAAAACUAUCAGAUGUGAUCGAAUCUUCGUUGGUUGAUUUCCCGCUACCGGGAACGUCUAAAAAUGUAGCAGUUCGAAAAAAACCAAAACCGAUUCAAAUCAAACCGGGAAAGUUGUACAGGAGGACACUUUCGUUAAUGCGGCGAGAGUCUGUAGUUGUCCCAGAGGCCGUUUUGGAUGUUUGGCAGUCUGGUUCCAAAUGUUUGCGAAGGCGUUCGAUUUUUCUAUCGUUGGGAAAGAAAUCGCACGGAGAUACGAUUUUGGAGAGUUAUGCUAGGAGCAGUGUGGGUUAUGUGCAACAGGAAGAGAAGUAUAUCAACGAUUUGGAUGACAGCGUUCGAAGUCUUUCGCUAGAUUCGAGGGGGUCACUGUCUCCUAACCUACAAAUUGUCACUGCAAAGGACGUCGUCUUGAGAAGAUGCGGACAAACCGAUGUUUUGCCAUUCGAACAAUGCUAUCCACAGAGCGCUCUGCAACACUGCCAGAAAAUCGGCGAAGGUGUCUAUGGCGAGGUCUUCCUCUACCGAAACCCAAAGGGCGGUACUUCUGUCAUGAAAGUCAUCCCCAUAGAAGGCGACCUCAUCGUUAACGGCGAAAAGCAAAAGAAAUUUGAGGAAAUCCUAUCAGAAAUUGUCAUUGCAAUGGAAUUGAGCAACUUGAGAAACAAUGAGAAAAACACCACGACCAGUUUUUCCCAAGUACAGAACGUCAAAUGCGUGCAAGGAGUUUACCCUGAACGGCUUCUAGAUCUGUGGGAGCUUUAUGAUGAGACAAAGGGCUCCGAAAACGACUCCCCGCAAAUGUUCCCGCCACAUCAGCAAUAUAUUGUGUUAGAACUCGCAAAUGGCGGGGACGAUCUAGAGUCUUACGUUUUUAAUAACGCCCAGCAGGCAUACGCCGUGUUCCAACAGAUUGCAUGUGCCUUGGCGGUUGCCGAAGCCCAGUUGAAGUUCGAACACCGGGACCUUCACUGGGGCAACGUGCUGAUCAACACCGUCAAUAAAUCCAAAGUCUUGCCUUUCCGUUUAAACGGCAAAGAAAUCCUGGUUGAGACCAACGGAGUUGAAGCAACAAUAAUCGAUUUUACAUUAUCGCGAGUUGAGUUCGAUGGUGUUGCUAUUUUCUAUGAUUUGAGUCUGGAUGACGAGCUGUUUCAUGCGAAAGGAGACUACCAGUUUGAGAUUUACAGGUUGAUGCAGAAAGCCAAUGGGAACAUGUGGCAGCACUUUGAGCCAUUUAGUAACAUUUUGUGGCUGCAUUACAUCUUAGAUAAAGCGGUUACCUCGGCUGUGCGGUACAAAAAUCCGAAGUCCAAGAUCCAUCUGAAAUACAUGGCAAAACUAAAAAAAAUCAAAGAUGAGAUCUUGGCCUUCCGGAGCGUUGCGGAGUUUGUAGCUGAAAGUUUUUAAUAAAUAACGUGUACAAUUUUAUGUAUUGUUUUUGUCUUUAAGUCUAGAUAUUUUUAAAAAUAAAACAAUUCAAAUAAAA